AGAGAAGCAACAUAAACCGAAAGACGUAGACGGACGAACAGCAAUACCGCAAUCAUGGCAAAGAGUUCUCGGUCGAGCAGCAAGAAAUUCAACAACCAGCGCAAAGCCGCCAGCAUCUUCGGCCCGGCAGAGACCGCGCGACAAGAGCGUCUCUCGGCCAAGCUGCUGGAGUUGGCGAAGCAGGCCAAGCCCGAGCCCGCAGAGAUGAAGAUUGAUGACGAGAGCAACAAUGCACCCGAAAAGGAGGAGCAGGCUGGCGCAGACGAGAACUCCAUGGAAGUGGACUCCAAGAAGCCGGUCAGAGCCUUCAGCACCAAGAAGGGCAUCAACAAGAAGAGGAAGAAGUCGAGCAUUGUGUUCCCCAAGUACACGGACAGACUGCGCAAGAAUCGAAAUGCACCAAAGAAGGCGUAACUAAUGUAUUUGUAAUUCGGGUUUGCAUUUUGUUGCUUUGGCUUCUUCAUCUUUUAUACGGAGUACUCAUUAUACAUAUUGUCCUAC